AGCGCUGUUUCACAAUAUUUUCUCCUGUUUCCAUUCCUCCUCUACCCUCCUGUGCGAGCCAAUUUUUAUUGCAGCCCAGUUGCACCAUAGCCACCCCUAUAUACAUAUUCCCACCGCCAUCACCACCACACCCUGACAUCGGUGUCUUGAACCCACCUCUUGCCAGCCUGCUGCUAUUCCAUCCUAUUUGUUUUAUCCCAAUUUUUAGAGUGCGAGCACCAGCUGCCUCCAUCUUACCGCUAUACACUUUUACCCCCCUAUUAUACCCAUUCUGCUAUAUACACAACCAUCCCCCACGCACACAUUUUUCUUUGGCACAUUUGAUAGACGCCUCUAAUCCGCUUUGUAAAAAACCAUUUUCCGUUCUUCAACCCCACAGCAACAAAGAAGCAAAAAAUGACAGAAUCAUAUCACGGCUCUAUCGACACCGCGCGCGAUGCGCUGCUGAUCUUCGAGGCCUGCAACCUUGGCUAUCUUCCUCGUGUCCAGCGUCGCUUCAGCGAGCGUGAGCGCCAGACUAUCCGGUCGGGUGCAGUCUAUAUCUGGGACGAGGAAGAGACUGGCAUGCGCCGGUGGACUGACGGCCGGACAUGGUCGCCUUCUCGUGUCCACGGCUGCUUCCUCAUCUACUACGAGCUCGAGGGCCGGAGACACCAGUUUGUCAACGGCGCCAACAAUCGCAACCCGCGCUACUCGCCAAGAUCCGGCCAGGCCGAGACCUCGCCACUACAUGCCUCGUACGACUCUUGCCCGCCCAACAUCAUGCAGAAGGAGCAGGGCCUGAUCAAGAAAGCCCUGUCGCUCUGCACUAGUGACAAGCGCAAGCUGCAUCUGGUCUGCUACUACUCGCGUGAGGAUGUCGAGAGUGGCUGUCUGACCUCGCCGUCCAACGACCCGCGGUUUGCCAAUAUCCAGGUGUGCGAGGACCGGUAUCCCGAGAUCGGACACGGAUCCAGCCGGGGCGACCGCUACAAUCGCUCGCGGCUUAACAACCAGCAGCGGGCGAUCUCUGUCGGCAGCACUGGUGCCCGCGAGGGCCCCCCGGCGUAUGUGCGCUCCUCCAUGGCUGCUGAGCGGCGGUCGCCUCGCUCAUACCGCAGCGAGGUGUACCGGUAUCCGAGCUAUGGGCCCUACGCCGGCCCUGUGCGCCAUGUCCAAGUGCCCGUCCAGCAGGCCCCCUUGCCACAAGCUGUAGGUCCUGCCGCUGCCCCGAUGGUGUCCCAUGCUGUCUACACCCCACUCGGAGCAAUCUCUGCUCCCCGUGACGACAGGACACCCCAAAGCGGCCCUCUACGGUCACCAACUACCUAUCAGCCCUCGUCGUCCACACCCUACAUCCAACACCCGCAUUCGUACCCGGCCUCUCCUUGGCCAGUAACACCCCAACCGUCCAGCAACCAGCAGGUAUAUGCAAAGCAUGCGUCUUCAGUUGUCCCCACGCCGUCGUCUGUCCCAUCAACCCCUGCUGCCUUGUCGCAUCCAGCACAUCCUGUCUGGCAGCACAGCGAGCCGCCAAAGGCGUAUGCGGGUGGCCGUUCAUCAGGUAGCAUCCACCCUCCGCCACCAGGCGCACAGUGGGACAGCAACACAAAGGGCCUGAUGAUCCACCUGGCUGAGCCCAAUCGCUCCCCUGCCACUGGAAACUCUGCCAGCAGCGUGCCUCCCACACCUUCUGUCCAUUAUUCUGAGCACAAUGCCCAGCAAAAGCCUCGCGUGCAGCCUCAACCCCCACAAAGUGCCGCCCCACCACCGCAAAAUGGCGUCAGCCACCUCACAAACGCCAGCGGCUGCAAUAGCAACGCUGCUCGUCCUCCUAUCCGUCUGCCACCCAUUUCCAAGCUUGACGUCGCGUCGCCUAUCUGCCUGUCCAGUGGUGUGCUGUCCACGCCAUGCUCACCGAUGGCGAACAUGAAGCUGGAAUCAGCCGACGACCAUAUGGCUGAUCCACGCAGAGUCGUCAGCUCCAAGAGCACCCGGUGGUUGCCCUACUCCACCGACAGCCAUGCCUGGAAAAGACUGCCACCUUCGCCAUCGCCCUCACUGUCUGUUGAUCUGGCGCUGAAGAUGAACAGCGAAGAUGCGCGGCAGCUGGCAGCACUGCGACCCAGCCUGCACUAAAAAGGCACAGGAUUCAAGACUGGCACUGUUGUCCUUUGACUGGCACUCUUGUCCUUUGGAGAGCGCCUUUCUCCCUUGGCUUUUCUGCAUCCUUGCAAUGUAAACUUUUUGCCCUAUCCUCAUUGAUAUUUGUAUAUCCGCUUGCCACAAACUUCCCAGCGCUAGAUGCUUCUAGCAAUUGAAGCAGGCUCUAGCAAAUUUAACCCUGGCGUCAAGCCCCCUCCCCGAGUUCCUAACCCCCUAUCUGAAGGAUAGCAGGCUUUCCUUGCACAUUGACACAGCAAAUGGUAUAUAUCAGUGUAUUGCAA